CUUGCCCGCGUUUCUUCGUCUCUGGCAUCUCGCCCCCCUUUCUUCCAACCUGCGUUGUCAGAUCGAGGUUCGCAAGUGAUAAAUGACUGAUAGGCCGACAUUUGCGCAGAGGGUUAAGAGCGUUUCCUUAAUCUUUGCGUGUGGCACAGCGCUUUUCUCGGACGGUUAUGCUAAUGGUGUUAUCGGGACUGUGAAUACGCUCUUGACGCGCAUCUACGGUGCUGAGGCUUUGGCCAACCAUGCAUACAGCAGGACCCUCAGCAGUCUCGCUUUUGCUGGUACCAUUGUGGGAAUGCUACUGUUCGGGUACCUCUCUGACAAGAUCGGGAGGAAGUUCGGAAUGAUGUCGGCUACUGCAAUUGUGACUCUCUUCUCAGGGCUUUCUGCCGCAUCCGCUGGAGCGAACGGUAGCUUGGGCGGGAUGUUGAGCAUGCUUAGUGCCAUGCGAUUCUUGCUUGGAAUUGGUGUUGGCGCCGAGUACCCAUGUGGUUCAGUCUCGGCUUCAGAACAGUCAGAAGAACCCGGCAUCAACAAGAAGGCCCAGCACCGAUGGUUUACUUUGGCUACCAAUUCGAUGAUCGACUUCGGUUUCGUCAUCGCAGCCUUCGUGCCUUUCGUUUUGUUUAAAAUCUUUGGAAAUGACCACCUCCGCGCUGUAUGGAGGCUUUCGUUGGGACUGGGAAUGGUACCAGCGGCAGCAGUUUUCAUCUGGCGGCUGAGCAUGGACGAGCCCGUGCGGUAUAAGAAAGACUCGAUGAAGCACGCGAAGAUUCCCUAUCUCUUGAUCUUGAAGAGGUACUGGGUAUCACUGGCAGCGAUCUCGUUUGUGUGGUUCCUUUACGAUGUCAUUGUGUAUCCGUUUGGGCUCUACUCCUCCCUGAUCGUCAACAAUAUCACCGGAGGAGACACCAAUUUGACUGUCGUCCUUGGGUGGAAUGUUGUAAUCAACUUGUUCUACAUGCCAGGAACUCUCAUUGGCGCCUUCACCGUAGACUUCCUUGGUCCAAAAUAUACCCUGAUCACUGGUCUCGUCCUUCAGGCCAUCAUUGGGUUCACCAUGAGUGGUCUGUACAAACAACUCUCCGACAAUGUCGCUGCCUUUGCCGUUGUCUAUGGGAUCUUCCUCAGCUUCGGUGAAUUCGGCCCCGGUAACUGCUUGGGUCUUCUUGCAAGCAAGACAAGUCCUACUGCCAUUCGAGGGCAGUACUACGGAGCCGCUGCUGCCAUCGGAAAAGUCGGUGCGUUUGUCGGUACUUGGAUCUUCCCACCCAUCAUCGAUGCUUUCGGAGGACCGGAGACUGCUCGAGGAAACACCGGCCCGUUUUGGAUUGCAAGUGGUCUAGCACUUGUUAGCGCACUGACCACUUUCUUCUUCAUUGUACCUCUCACUCACGACGGUAUGGAGAAAGAAGACGCGGAAUUCCGAGCUUACCUCGAGGCCAAUGGAUACGAUACGUCUGCGAUGGGUCUUCCUGAUUUUGACUCGGAGAGAGGAUCAUUAGGUGAAAAAGUGGAAGGGCCAGAGAAGGCUGUAGAUGUAAAGGUCGAACCUGCUUAAUCUUUCGCCGUCAAUGCUUGGCCAAUUGUGAAUAUCAAGUUCAUCUCCAAG